CAAUCGCACGCGCAGCGAGCACCACUCAGCUCCGUAUACUACUGUCGCGUUAUUGAAUGCUAUGUAUGGAGAACGACAGAUGUGACGAAUCGACUAUUUUGUAGAAAAGGCAACCUGAACAUCAGUUCCCGAUGGGACAUUAUAACCUGUAUUGUCAAAAUCUAACGGGACCGUUACUCAAACACUUCCUCAAGGCGGUGCAUUGUGAGUAAAGGUUACACCUAGUUCCUCAUUUUUUAACUAGGAGCAUGGAGGGCAUUUGUUUCGAGGUCAAACCCAGGGAUGACCCAAUCAAAGCUCAUCCUAUCUGUGCCCUUACACAAACACUUCCUGGAUCAGAGGGUAAGAGGAAGAAAGAAGAAGGGGAAGAGGAGAUUCAGUACAGGCUAACUCUGGUUGGAUCUUUGGCCAUACAUCCACAGACCACAAUGGUGAUGCUUCCCUGGGUGGUGGCUGAAAUACGGAGAAACAGAAACCUUGAAUUCAAUGGUGCUCACUCUCCAGAGGUUCGAGAUCAGCCUGUGGUACUGCAGAUUUCAGCCAAUUCAGUGUGUUGCAUUCUGGACACGGCAGGCCCGGGGAAGCCAUGGGACCCAUUGCAACAUAUGGUUCUGUUUGAUCACAGGCCUCAUCGUAUCAUCAAACUCAUUCACAACAGCCAAGAGCCCAGCUAUUUCGGCUGUCUGCUCAGAGAGGAGAAGAAAGCAGCCUGCUAUGUAUUCCGCUGCCAGGACCAGAUGAAGGUUCCAGAGAUCAUCAGCACUCUCAGGCAGGCCGGCAAAAGUUCUGCCCGACAAGAAGACACUCCCUCAUCUCUGCCUAGCAACGGCCAGGCAGAUGCCUCCUGCUCCACAGCAACGACGGCUGAUGCAGCAACAGCCUUUGCGAAGAAAUUUGAGGUGUUGUUCUGUGGGCGAGUGGUGGUGGCCCAUAAGAAAGCACCACCUGCGCUAAUAGAUGAGUGUAUUGAGAAGUUUGGACGUGUCAGCGUCACAGGAUCACUUGCAGCGGGCAUCAGGCGGGCUUUCUCGCUCAAUCAGAUGGUGAAUGGAACAAACGAGGGAGCAGAUGGAGGAGGAAAGCGACCUCUGUUUUUUAAAAGAGAUCAGAGUUUUCCAUUUCUGCAGGCAUUGGAUGAGAACGGCCUCUCACCGGAGCUCCAGCGACGGGCAGCAGACGGAGCCACCGGGGUCCAACCCACUAGCUUACAGGAGAACAGAACCAUGCUGUUCACGAUUGGCCGCUCUCAGAUAUUUCUUGUGAGUCCUGACACUAAGAAAGUGGCCAUAGAGAAGAGCUUCAGAGAGAUUUCCUUCUGUUCUCAGGGUAUUCGUCAUGUGGACCACUUUGGCUUCAUAUGCAGGGAGUCGGUGGAAUGUGGUGGUUGCCAGUUUGUUUGCUAUGUCUUCCAGUGUGCUAACGAAGCUCUGGUGGAUGAGAUCAUGUUGACAUUGAAACAGGCGUUCUCUGUGGCCGCCCUCCAGCAGAACAGUAGGACCCAGAGUCAGCAGUGUGACAGUUGUCCCCUACAGCAGCUGCACAAACUGUGUGACAGAAUAGAGGGUCUUCAUCCAUCCAAAGCUAAGCUGGAACUGCAGAAGCAUUUGGCAGGUCUGGAUAAUCAGGAGCAGGCAUCUGUGUUUGAGAGCACCAUGAAAGCCAGGCCUAAGUCAGAUCAGGAAGAGAAUGAGUUAAUUGUGUCAUGUCUAAGACGACUGUAUGAGGAGAGACAAAAGACACACACUCACACACACAAUGGACAAACAAAAAAGACUUCUCAGGAGGUUGCGGUGAAUGCUGAAGGCACUGUCAGUUCCAGUCGAGUGCGUCUGGAGGAGCUCAAGACUAGAGCAAAAAGAUCCCUCACUGAAUCACUGGAGGGGAUCUGGAAGGGCAGCAGUAAGUCCAAAUCCCAGAGGGAGAACAGUGAGGGAGAGAGCAACUCCUCCAGCUCCACCACACUGAACAGCACAAAUCAGGAAACAUCAUUGGAGGAGCCCCUCUGCUCUUUCCUUCCCUCCAGUCCACUCCGCUCCCACAAUUCCACAGGGGAUCUGAAGCGUCUUGAAGGCUCAGUGGGAGAGCCUAGUCUCCCCCCACUACAACCUACUGCUGCCACCAAGCCCAAACUGGUCCGACACUACUCUGUCAGCACAGAUUCUCCACAUCAGAGCAAUCCUUCCUCCCCUCCAGCCUCUUCCUCUCCUGUGUGUCAGCGGCCGUUGAGGCCUCGUACAUUUGCUCUUGAUCAUUCCACCCGGCCCCUCAAGCGGAGUCCAUCAGGGCUGAGUGGCUUUAGAGCAAGAUUACACUCCUCCUCCUCUGUUCCAAAUUUCCUCAAAUUUCUGGCCCCUGUAGUGGAGAGUGAUGAUACCAGUGACUCUCAGAGAAAGAGUGAUGUGGCGGCCCUGUCCAGUCCUGGAGCAGUGUGUGUUGUUGGGGAUGACAGUCCAUUAUGUAGCCGGCGACACUCCUGGAGACAACAGAUCUUCUUAAGAGUUGCCACACCACAGAAGGGCUCAGACUCCAAAGAAUCCAGCUUAAAGGUUGGCAACAGAAUGGCACUAGGAGGCGGAGUGGGGGGCGGGGAGAGCAUCCUGGGGGCGGUGCCAGAGGAGAGGAGAAAGAGGAGUGGGGCGGAGCUAAGAGCGUUAUGGAGGAAAGCAAUUCUUCAACAAAUUCUCCUGCUGAGGAUGGAGAGAGAGAAUCAGAAACUACAAGCAUCAGAGAGUGAUCUACAGUGCAGACGACUGAAGCUGGACUAUGAAGAGAUCACUCCGUGUCUGAAAGAUGUCACACUAGUCUGGGAGAGAAUGCUCAGCACCACUGGGAGGUCAAAGGUCAGAUUUGACACUGAGGAGAUCCACAAAGCUGUGGGACAAGGCGUUCCUCGUCAGCAUCGAGGAGAGAUUUGGAAGUUUCUAUCAGAGCAGUAUUUGCUGAGGAAGGAGGUGCCCAGCACCAAACCUCCUAACAAUGAGACUCCUUACAAAGAGCUUCUGAAGCAGCUCACAUCCCAACAGCAUGCCAUCCUUAUAGACUUGGGACGUACAUUUCCCACUCAUCCGUAUUUCAGAGCUCAGCUGGGUGCUGGCCAGCUGUCUCUCUAUAAUCUACUGAAGGCAUAUUCUCUGCUGGACCCAGAGGUGGGUUACUGCCAGGGCUUGAGUUUUGUGGCCGGCGUGUUGCUGCUCCAUAUGAGUGAGGAGGAUGCAUUCCACAUGCUCAAAUUCCUUAUGUACGACACGGGGCUGCGAAAACAGUACAGGCCUGAUAUGAUCAUACUGCAGAUUCAGAUGUAUCAGCUGUCUCGUCUGCUGCAUGACUAUCACAGGGAGCUGUACACUCAUCUGGAGCAGUACGAGAUCAGCCCCAGUCUCUAUGCUGCUCCCUGGUUCCUCACCGCCUUUGCGUCACACUUCCCUCUUGGAUUUGUGGCUCGAGUGUUCGACAUGCUGUUCCUUCAGGGAUCAGAGGUCAUCUUCAAGGUGGCUUUGAGUCUUCUUGGUAGCCACAAGCCUCUAAUUCUGCAGCAUGACAAUCUUGAGUCAAUUGUCGAGUUCAUCAAAACAACCUUACCCAAUCUCGGCCUUGUGCAAAUGGAAAAAACAAUCAAUCAGGUGUCUGAGAUGGAUAUCAGUAAGCAGCUGCAGGCCUAUGAGGUGGAAUAUCAUGUUCUUCAGGACGAGCUCUUGGAUGGUCCCUCCACUCUCAGCCAAUCACAGCGCGUGGCCCAGUUGGAGAAGACCAAUGGAAGCCUCCGACAGCAAAAUUUAGACCUCCUAGAGGAGCUUCAGGUUGCCCACGCUAAGAUCAGAUGGCUGGAGACUCGUGUGGACGGCCUAGUGAAUCGAGAGGCUGAGCUACAGUCGGAGGUAAAGACUCUCCAGCAGGAACGGACAGAGCUGCAGCAGACUGUAUCCAAACUCGGAGAUCUCUUCAGCAGUCUGGGUAUAAACAGCUCCUUCCCUGACCAGGAAAACCUCACCAACACAAGCAACAACCAAUAACUCUGGCAGUUAGGAUACACAGUCUAGCCUUUAUAAACGCUCAACAGUCCUCACCAGAUCUUCUGUCAAGCUCCUCCUGUAAGCAAAACCUCUGUCGUGAGGUGAUGCCAUCUUAUUGGAGGUGGUCAGGUAGGUUUUCAGGGCACUGAAGAUCCUUCACCUUAGAUCUUCUUGAAGAGCUGAAACAGUGUCUUUUAGAGUAUCUCGCCAGAACUGAUCAAACAACCUAAAAGAUCAAAACAGAUAGAAAAAUCGCUAAGAUUUCCUCCCUUUCUGGUUUUUAUGGCAUUUGUGACUGACGUUUACUUUCUGGACCGAGAAGUUCUGGGUCAACAUUUUUAAUUCACACUCCUUUUUACACUUCCUGCUGUUGUUUUGGUGUGGUUAACAUGGCAUUGACCCCAACAAAGCCUCUAAGGUAGAUUUGAUUGGCAUUCAGGCAUCAGAUUGACAGUUCCCUAGUAAGCACUGAACAGCCCGCUGAAAGGCUACGGAUAAAUGCACUCUUGCUGUGCAGCCUAUUGCUUGCACCCUGUUCUUACUUUGUGUGAAUGUUUGUGUGUGAGCAUGUAUGUAUGUUGAAAUCUACCAUUGUAUUCCAGUGCAAUAUAAACUAAAAAAGAACCCUCCAGUACACUGUAAACCUGCACAAUCUUCUGUUCUAACAGAAAUCAAAGAGGAGCUUAAAUCUGAGUGUAUUUUAAUAAACGGAGAAGCGUUUCAUACUUCUUUUCAUCUGAGACUCAGACCGAAUGCUGCUGAUUUACUCAGAAAACACUUGAUCUUAACAGAAAAUCCUCACUCACACUUUCCCGAAAACUAUUCAAACAAUAGUCAGUCCCUUUCAUUGCUACACACAAAUGCAAAACUUCACAUAUAAGCACAGUAUCCACCAGUUUGUUCAUUUGGAUUUUGAUGUCUGCACUAAUAGCAUUUUAGCUACUUGGCUGCACUGCUGCUGAUAUGGUACUCACUGAACCAAAGAUCUGAUUAUAUUUCAGGACUUUCUCUGUGACAAACCGCACGUGUCGGGUGCAUAGAUGUGUGUGUUUGUCUGAGCACACUACGUUGAGUGUCUGUUUUAAACGCACGUUCAAGAGUUGUCACCUCACCUCUGUAUUUGAGUGUGAAAUGUUUUGGCAGAUAGAAAUAAAGGGGUGUGUGUGAAUGAGAAA